ACGGUCUUAACGCCGAGUAAAUGCGUGGUGGCGGUAGAAAUAUUGGAUGAUCCCCGGGACUGGUGCAUUGACGAGGGCUUUGUUAUAUUGAGACAGGAUUUUAAGACAGUCUAAGAUUUAGUCACGCAUCCGGUCUAUUGCGGAUGAAUACAAUUAAAAAGUGAUUAAUCAAUGCCCACGCAUCAUUAGACAUUUGGGGACUGUAACGUACGCUGCAAAGCAGCGCUCGAAGAUAAGUUAGGCUACUGACAAAAGACUGUCCUCUAAUUACAACGUAUAUUUCAUCUAGUGAACAUCAGCCGAAAAAUGCAUCGUUUACCGUCUUCAGCAAAUCGCUCCUUGGUCGCAGGUGCUCUAGAGCAGUAUUGUGCUUUAGUGAUGCGACCAAAGUCUAAAACAAUCCGUCAAGAGUCAGUGAGAUUCAAGACUCAAGGGCCCAUCGAAUCCUAUGGACUGAAGCGGUACAGCACAGCAGAGGCUACCGUCGCCGCAACAAGCAAGAUUCGAGAGAAGACCCUGACGAUGGAGACUCUGAAUCCGCAAGUUAAAGCCGUGGAGUAUGCUGUGAGGGGGCUGAUUGUGAUGAAGGCUGACGAAAUCGAGAGAUGCUUACGGGAGGGUGGAAAGAAACCUUUCACUGAGGUGAUCAAAGCAAACAUCGGAGACGCUCAUGCUAUGGGUCAGCAGCCAAUUACCUUUCUUCGUCAGGUUGUGGCUCUCUGCACAUUCCCCGAGCUGAUGGACAGUCCCGGUUUUCCAGAAGAUGCCAAGGCAAGGGCACAGCGCAUCCUGCGAGGAUGUGGAGGGACCAGCCUUGGGUCCUACACUGCAAGUCAAGGAGUGGAGUGCAUCAGGCAGGACAUUGCUGCCUACAUUGGACAGAGAGACCAGGGCGUGCCAGCUGACGGGAAUAACAUUUUCCUCACCACUGGAGCCAGUGAUGGCAUCGUGAGCAUUCUAAAGAUGUUGGUGUCAGGCCGAGGAGCCUCGCGCACCGGUGUGAUGAUCCCCAUCCCCCAGUAUCCCCUGUACUCUGCAGCUAUCGCAGAGAUGGAGGCCGUGCAGAUCAACUACUACUUAGACGAGGACAACUGCUGGGCCCUGGACAUUAAUGAGCUCCACCGGGCCUACCAGGCAGCCAGGGAACACUGCCAGCCCCGGGCCAUCUGCAUCAUCAACCCUGGAAACCCCACUGGUCAAGUCCAGAGCAGAAAGUGCAUUGAGGAGGUACUCCAUUUUGCCUAUGAGGAAAAUCUCUUUGUCAUGUCUGACGAGGUCUAUCAGGACAACGUGUAUGCUUCGGGCUGCAAGUUUCACUCGUUUAAGAAGGUUCUGUUUGAGAUGGGGCCUGAGUACUUUAACAGUGUGGAGCUGGCCUCUUUCCACUCCACCUCCAAGGGUUACACAGGAGAGUGUGGUUUCAGAGGAGGUUACAUGGAGGUGCUGAAUCUGGACCCGGAGGUGAGGGCCCAGCUGCUGAAGCUGCGGUCGUUGCAGCUGUGCCCCCCUGUGUCUGGGCAGGCAGCCAUGGACGUCAUCGCCAACCCUCCCCAGCCGGACGAGCCCUCCUUCAGUCGCUUUCAUCAGGAGAAGACAGCUGUGCUGGGGGCUUUGGCAGAGAAAGCCCAGCUAACGGAGGAGAUUCUGAACUCAGUCCCAGGCAUCCAGUGCAACCCUGUCCAGGGAGCCAUGUAUGCCUUCCCACGACUCUUCAUCCCCUCCAAAGCAGUGGAACAGGCCAAGGCCCUAGGAAUGCAACCAGACAUGCUGUACUGCUUAAGGCUGCUGGAGGAGACUGGAAUCUGUCUGGUCCCAGGGAGUGGCUUUGGACAGAGGGAAGGCACCUACCAUUUUAGAAUGACUAUUCUCCCAUCUAAAGAAAAGUUAAAAGUGUUGUUGGAUAAAGUGCGUGACUUCCACAUCAAGUUUCUGAAGGAAUAUGGCACUCUGGAGGUGCCACGAGGAUGAACGCUCAACAUUAACACACACACACACACACACACACACACACACACACACACACACACACACAUACACAGAGACAGACCUGCUAGCACAGUCAGACUAGUAACAGCUUUUGGAUGUUAGGGUUCAAAUAUGAAAGUAAUGAUUUUCACAGUAAGAUGCAGAAGACUAGACUAGACUAGUUUGGGAUGUUUGUGCCUUUGUGAGACACUGAAGGUAGGGGUGAGAUGACCGGUGCGGGUGGGAGAGAUUUAUCAGUGGCAUAACUAUAGCUUGCCUGCUCUUUUUUAUGUUAAAGGAGCAUGGGAGACAUGGGACAUAAUAUUUAUCAAAGUUGUUGUUUUGUACUUUGUUUGUGUCUAUAUGAAGUUUUUGGUUGUCACUUCUCAUUUGAUCACCAGGUCAGUUUUCCAUUUUUACCCACCGGCUCUGUUUUAAACUCCAACUAUGAGGACCAAACUGAAGUUUGACCCUUUGACCCUUUGUCUCUGAACAGCUGUGAACCCCUGCAUGUGCCGGCGGUUCUGAACGGAGGGGAUUUCAGUAUCUUUUUAUAAAGAGACAUUUUGUAGAGCUUAAUGCUGCUGUUGAUUUGCACAUAUCCGGUACACAUAUCUGUUGGGUAGUGCAGGAGUUGAGUGUUAAAGGGAGGAUUGUGAUUUUUUUUAAUUGGGUGACCACGAAGGUCUGUCAUCACAGAAUUGGAUCAGUAACAGUUCCUUCUGUUCUAUACACAUCGACAUUUUUGUUCUCUUACAUGUAUAUUUGGAAGUUGUAAUGCAUUCACUCAUCACUUUUUAGUGUAGUUUGCGUAGGGAAUAAUACGGUACGGUCACAUUGUUGUUUAAAGCCUUGUUUUAAGAUUUCUGAUAUUACCUUUACCUUACAUUUUUUUUUAUAAACUAUGUCAAGGGGCUAUUACAUUGGCAGCAGGGCAAACACUGCCUCCUCUCCUGCUCCCCUUCUGUCUGAAAAGGACAUUUCUGCUGACUGCCUUUUCUUUUUUUUUCUUUUGGGUGUAUGCCGGUAGCUGGUACACAUUGAGUUUACGUGCAAAAAUGAAGUGCUUUUUUAACCAGGGAAGUGUGAAUGUGUUGAUGAAUUAGAUUUAACUGAUACUAGAAGAAACAAACCGCUGGACAAUAUCUGUGCCAAAGUCUAACAUUUGUGUUUUCGUCAGCUACAUAUUUUUCUUAUAGGCACUGACCAUCAAUAAGAAAUUUUAACACAUGCUUCAUAGAUAUGGAUUUAUUUAGUUGGGGGAACAUUUGUCUCUGAUAGAGGUGCCUUUUAAUUUAGGGUCGUGCUCUCAUUUGCUAACUUUAGGGUGUCAGUUUUGUUUACACAAGAAUGUAAACGUGCAGAAAUUACUUUAAUGGAUUUGCAUUAUAUUCUAAUAGCAGCAAAGCACAUUCUAUUUGGAAGAAAAUACGACACUACAUAAUUCUGUUUCUAUAGCCGUUUAAGUCAAUUUUCUUUUCUUUGUGUUUGAGGCAUCAUGGGUUGUGAUUAAACUAUUGAAGAUUUUCUGCUGACUUGCAUAUGUUUGUGUAAAUAUACUUUUAUUUUCGCAUUCAACUGUAUCCCUAGACUGUUAAACAAUGGAUUAUAUUUGAAUGUCAACCUUUUGCCUGAAUGUCUUCAAUUUCUUUUGUACAAUACAUAAAUUCCAUCAAUGUCAUAAUAA